AUGGAUGAAUCACCGCAACCCACGCGGCGGAGCGAGAGGGUUGCAAACCGGGGUCCAAAGCCAAGAUCUCCCUCGCCGUCAGUGUCCUUGAUAACACUCUCGUCAUCACCACCACCGCCGCCACCACGGCGGCGUCAAAAGCCCGUCAAGCGACCUGCCGUCAAGAAGCCUGAUGCUACGGCGACUCCCCAGGCACCGCGAAUUGGUGACUGCAUCACGCUAAGUCCCUCGCCAUGCCUGAGCUCAACACCACAGCCCAUAGUCCCAGAUGAACUUUCUACGCCAGCGUCUACCCAACAGAAAGCUCGCGCCAGGUUCUUGGGACCCAGCAGCCUCUACCGGCCUCAGCCCAAGAGACGGAUCGAGGAUGAUGCAGAAUUGCCCCUAGCCAAGAGGGCUCGGCGUGACCUGCAGGGCCAAUCCGUCGUGUCGCCCGAGGGGGAGGUGAUCCUGUCGCCAAUAGAGCCCAGGAAACGAUCACGAAUGCCAAAUCGACGGGGCAACGCAACGCCGCGUGAAACUGAGUCUCCCACAAUGUUGAGGAGUGCGACCGAUGCCUCCCAGCUACCACCACCAGUCUCAGAGGCGCAGAGCCUUGCUUCCCCGACAUUGUUGAGGCGUGGGACCGAUACCUCGCAUCUGCCACCACCAGUGUCGAAGGAGCAGAGCCUUGCUUCUCCCACAUUGUCGAGGCGUGGGACCGAUACCUCGCAUCUACCGCCGCCAGUGUCGGAGGCGCAGAGCCUUGCUUCUCCGACAUUGUUGAGGCGUGCGACCGACGCAUCCCACCUCCCACCGCCAGUGCCGGAGGAGCGGAGCCCUGCGUCUCCCACUCAGAACCGCGCUCCGACACAGAGACAAGUCCUCAAUAAGGCCGCGAAGGAAGCACAGAUCAAGGCAUGGCUGAAAGACAUGAAGGCGGCAUACACUCAAUUGACACCUCCGACGAGCAUAUCAUCCUGCAGCGUUGGUCCUACUACUCCAGCCCCGCCGACAAUUCAGCCAUCAUCUACCCGUCGUGAGAGACCCAAGGAGGUGGAAGUGGUUACGAUCAGCUCUGAUUCGUCAUCUGGACCACCAUCUGAUGUCAUGUCCGAGCACCACUCCGUACACUCAUAUGCCUCUGCGCCAAAGUCCAUCUCGAAGAAGCAAGGGUCUGAAUACGAGUCUGCCCAUGAACUUCUUUCCACGCACGAAGCAGCCCAUCUCGUAGGCGAUAACGUCGCGGAGGAGAUGGCCAACGCCAUUGGCUCCGAGCCCGGUACGCCCGAGCUCCAUAAGGAAGAAGAGGCAACCCCAAGACGCCACCCGGCGCUUGACAUCUUGUCGUCAAUCUUCUAA